AUGGAGACCAUCAACAACGUCGCAACGGCCGCCUCCAAGGCCGUCUUUGGCGGCGCCGACGCCAACAAGGAGCCCGUCUCGGGCGCCCAGGGCGAUGUCGGCCAGGGUGAGCCCUACGAUGCUGGCAACCUGGACAGCGAGAGCCAGGAGAGGCUCGAGAAGACUCUAAGCGAAGACAAGGCAUCCAAAGAAAAGACGGACACGACCACGGCUCCCACUACCACUGACACCACCACCUCGGACAAGCCAGCGACCACCAACGACAACGGCGACCACCCGCGUGCCGACCCCGCCGUGCCUAACGCCUCGGAGGUGGAGGAUUCAACCAAGGAAGCGGAACACGUCAAUCCCAAGGGUCCCAGCCCCAAGCCCGUGGAUCAGGUCGCAAGGGAGCAUGGUGGCGAUGCCGGUCUCGCGCACAAUCCCACUACGGAGAACACCGAGGACAAGAAGGACACCGAGGACAAGAAGGAUACCGAGGACAAGAAGGAAACGGAGGAGAAAAAGAACAAGCCCGAGUCAAAGGGAGAGGUUGUCCACGCGACAGGUUUCGCCGCUGAGGGCGGUGACUUUGACGCCACCAAGCCUGGCGCAGGGAAAGAGGCCGACCGCCUCGCCGAGCAAGGCUCAUCGCCUGCCGCAGCACCCUCCGGCUCACAAGCUACAGACGGCGCUUCGGACAGCAAGGCCUCCAAGGGCAAGGACGGAAGAGACAAGCCGAGCCUAAAGGACCGGAUCAAGGCCAAGCUGAACCGACACUAA